AUGAAGUCGUCCAUCGUUGCUGUCUCGUCGCUGCUCGUGCUUGGCCUCGCGGCGACGCACGGCCUGCAGCUCUCGGCGCAAGAGAAGAAAGACCUCAAGGCCGAGAUUGAGGCGUGGAAGAAGAGCCGCGCCGGCCAGCUCGCGGCCAAGAACGGUUUCUUGCCGGAGCCGUCCAACUUGGAGUCGGGCGAACUCGACGACGGCAGCGAAGAAAUCGAGCGCUUUGCCCACACCAAGCAGGUCGUCGCGGAGCUCAACAAGAAGCACCCGCACGCCAAGUUUUCGACCGACAACCAGUUUGCGCUCAUGACCGACGACGAGUUUGCGGCCUUUGUGAAAGGCUCGUUCAGCGCGUCCAAGCCCAAGCGCCAGCUCCGCGCCGACGACGUGCAGAUGACGCUCUCGGAAGCGCAGCAGGAGGCCGCCGGCGUCGACUGGACCACCAACAAGUGCAUGUCGCCGGUGCGCAACCAAGGCACGUGCGGUUCAUGCUGGACGUUUUCGUCGGUCGGCGCGGUCGAGUUUGGCCACUGCCUCAUGACCGGUCAGCUCGUCGACUUUUCCGAGCAGCAGCUCGUGAGCUGUGCGUCGAACGCCGGCAACGGCUGCCAGGGCGGCUGGCCCGACAAGGCGCUCGACUACAUUGCCCAGAACGGCCUUUGCACCGAGUCGGGGUUCCCGUACGCGUCCGGCAGCUCCAACCAGAACGGUCAGUGCAAGAACUGCCAAAAGACCAAGGUCAACGUCGGCAAGUCGGUCAACGUCCAAGGCGAGAGCUCGCUGCAGUCGGCGCUCGACAAGCAGGUGGUCUCGGUCACGGUCGAGGCCGGCAACAACGUGUGGCGCAACUACAAGAGCGGCGUUGUCCAGAGCUGCCCCGGUGCACAGUCGGACCACGCCGUCCUCGCGGUUGGCUAUGGCUCCAAGAACGGUGUGAACCACUUUAAGAUCAAGAACUCGUGGGGUACGGGCUGGGGCGAAGGCGGCUACAUCUACUUGCAGCGCGGCGUCGGUGGCCGCGGUAUGUGCAACGUCGCCAACGGCGUGUCGUACCCGUCGCUCCUCGGCAAGCCGUCCGAGUCGCCGUCGCAGCCGACCUCCAAGCCGACGUCCAAGCCGACCUCCAAGCCACAAAACGCGUGCAACGGCUGCUCUGGCUGCUACUACCCGGCGGCGACGCAGUGUUUGACGCCCGACUACGACAAGAACUACUGCGAGUACCUCGCGCCGCAGUACGGCACCAAGUGGUGCGGCGCCUAAGCUGAUCCUCGUUCACGUGUACUAGUAAAAACCAAAGCAAAUAUGAUGUCGUGAUGUUGAAUGCAA